CACCACCAUGCUGAAGAAAUUUGAUAAGAAAGACGAGGAAUCGGGUGGAGGCUCCAACCCAUUCCAGCAUCUUGAGAAGAGUGCAGUACUCCAGGAGGCCCGUGUAUUUAACGAGACACCCAUCAACCCUCGAAAAUGUGCCCACAUCCUCACCAAGAUCCUUUACCUCAUAAACCAGGGGGAGCACCUAGGGACCACCGAAGCAACCGAGGCCUUCUUUGCCAUGACCAAGCUCUUUCAGUCCAAUGAUCCCACACUCCGUCGGAUGUGCUAUUUGACCAUCAAGGAGAUGUCUUGCAUUGCCGAGGAUGUCAUUAUUGUUACCAGCAGCCUGACAAAGGACAUGACUGGGAAAGAAGACAACUACCGUGGCCCGGCUGUGCGUGCCCUCUGCCAGAUCACUGAUAGCACCAUGCUACAGGCUAUUGAGCGCUACAUGAAACAGGCCAUCGUGGACAAGGUGCCCAGUGUCUCCAGCUCUGCCCUGGUGUCUUCCUUGCACCUACUGAAGUGCAGCUUUGACGUGGUCAAGCGCUGGGUGAAUGAGGCCCAGGAGGCGGCGUCCAGUGAUAACAUCAUGGUCCAGUACCAUGCUCUGGGGCUCCUGUACCACGUGCGGAAGAACGACCGCCUGGCUGUCAAUAAGAUGAUCAGCAAGUUCACCCGGCAUGGCCUCAAGUCUCCCUUUGCCUACUGCAUGAUGAUCCGGGUGGCCAGCAAACAGCUGGAGGAAGAGGAUGGCAGCCGUGACAGCCCUCUGUUCGACUUUAUUGAGAGCUGCUUGCGCAACAAGCACGAGAUGGUGGUGUACGAAGCCGCCUCGGCCAUCGUCAACCUGCCAGGCUGCAGCGCCAAAGAGCUGGCCCCCGCUGUGUCAGUGCUCCAGCUUUUCUGCAGCUCGCCCAAGGCCGCUCUCCGCUAUGCUGCUGUCCGUACCCUCAAUAAGGUGGCCAUGAAGCAUCCGUCAGCAGUGACAGCCUGCAAUCUGGACCUAGAGAACCUGGUUACAGAUUCAAAUCGCAGCAUCGCCACGUUGGCCAUCACCACGCUCCUCAAGACUGGCAGCGAGAGCAGCAUCGAUCGCCUCAUGAAGCAGAUCUCGUCCUUCAUGUCGGAGAUCUCAGAUGAGUUCAAGGUGGUGGUGGUCCAGGCCAUCAGUGCCUUAUGUCAGAAGUAUCCUCGAAAACACGCCGUGCUCAUGAAUUUCCUGUUCACCAUGCUGCGGGAAGAGGGCGGCUUUGAGUACAAGCGGGCCAUCGUGGACUGCAUCAUUAGCAUCAUUGAGGAAAACACAGAGAGCAAGGAGACCGGGCUGUCACACCUGUGCGAGUUCAUCGAGGACUGCGAGUUCACCGUCCUGGCCACCCGCAUCCUGCAUCUCCUGGGCCAGGAGGGACCCAAGACCAACAACCCCUCCAAGUAUAUCCGCUUCAUCUAUAACCGCGUGGUCUUGGAGCAUGAGGAGGUCCGGGCAGGCGCUGUGAGUGCUCUGGCCAAGUUUGGAGCCCAGAAUGAAGAGAUGUUACCCAGUAUCUUGGUGUUGCUGAAGAGGUGCGUGAUGGACGAUGACAAUGAAGUAAGGGACCGAGCCACUUUCUAUCUCAAUGUCCUGGAGCAGAAGCAGAAGGCCCUCAACGCAGGCUAUAUCCUAAAUGGUCUGACCGUUUCCAUCCCUGGUCUGGAGAGAGCUCUGCAGCAGUACACUCUAGAACCAUCGGAAAAACCUUUUGACCUCAAGUCUGUGCCCCUGGCCACCACGCCCAUGGCAGAGCAGAGAACAGAAAGCACCCCCAUCACAGCUGCCAAGCAGGCGGAGAAAGUGGCAGCCACUCGAGAAGACAUCUUCCAGGAACAGUUGGCGGCAGUGCCAGAGUUCCACGGGCUGGGGCUCCUCUUCAAGUCCUCGCCUGAGCCUGUGGCCCUCACUGAGUCAGAGACAGAGUAUGUCAUCCGCUGUACCAAACACACCUUCACUGACCACAUGGUGUUCCAGUUUGACUGCACAAACACACUCAAUGACCAGACUCUGGAGAAUGUCACAGUCCAGAUGGAGCCCACUGAAGCUUAUGAAGUGCUCUGUUACGUGCCUGCCCGAAGCCUACCCUACAACCAGCCUGGGACCUGCUACACGCUGGUGGCACUGCCCAAGGAAGACCCCACAGCUGUGGCCUGCACAUUCAGCUGCAUGAUGAAGUUCACUGUCAAGGAUUGUGACCCCACCACUGGGGAGACCGACGAUGAAGGCUAUGAAGAUGAAUAUGUGGUAAGAAGCUAA